GACAAUUCUAAUAAGGAUUGUUGUCAAAUUCAAUGUUUAUCGUAAGUUGAGUGCCAGAUAUCGUAUCACAUCAUACCACGUUGGUUUGAGCCUGAUCUGUUUGAAUGGGGAUCGUCAAUUGUAAUUACUACAUUAAUAGUUAAUACUUAUUGCUGCAGCAGCAAAUAUUAUAUCUACGUAGUUAAUCCAGAUUCCACAAAGAUGAUUAAGGCCACGAGUGGCUCUCUCUACCUGCCGCCACAACGACGUCUUAUAAUUGAUGUGCAUGCCUCUGAUUCACGCCGACGACAAAUGAUGACAACGACAUGUGCUCUCAGUGCUUUAACACAAAGAGCACAAAGCAGCAAGAUUGUAGGAGUGCAUCGGAGGUUGUAUCGGAAAAAUUUAUUGUAUAAUAUUUUAUGUCGAUUUAACCCUAAUUCAAUCUUUUCAUCCCAUAAAAAAUCAUCUACCAAUUUAGAGAGCCACACCAAAAGCAAAAGAGCCACAUGUAUGCCAUUUCCUGUUAUUCUCUAUAACCUUCAAUCACGCAACAGCUCAUUCAUUCAGUCCCCCACACUUUCUAGUGAACUGAUGAUGAACAGAGUUUCAAUUAAAGAGGCCAACCAAACCUCACUUCCAACUUUCUCUUAACCUUUGGAAAACCAAACUGUUCCUCUCCAUCCAUCGCCCUCUCUCCCUUACUCCCUUUCACUUUCCCGGCGGGCAAGAUUAAUGGCGGCGGGGGCGGCUCCGGUGGCAAUAGGGACACGUGGCACGGUGGGCGCACUGGUGAGGAAAGAGAUCGAGUAUUUCACCAACUUGGAGCACUUGGACCCUCGUGGAAGCUGCCUUCAAGCUCAGGGCGAGCGUUCCAGAAGAAUGGCUUCAAGAAGUAGUAGUGGGAGAUCAUUUUGGCCUUUGAGGAUUCGGUGGGGAAGGAAGAAAGCGGCCGCCGGCGGUGUGGCCGGAGGAUUGAUUCGUCCGGGCAUGUGCUCCGCCGUGGAUGUUGCUCGUGAUGGUGUUGGGAUCUCCGGGAGGUUUGGGUAUAGGGUGCUUAAGCAAGAUGAUUUUGAUACCUAUCGCUAGAAUGUGUGUGACACGUUGAAUAGUUGUUGGUUCAUUUGUUGGUUUUGUGGAGUGUAGCAAUGCACAAAUUUUGUUCAAGUUUAUUGGAUGGAUGAAAUACUUUGAUUACUUUGUGUGAACAGGUUCAUUUUGUUGAAAUGGAGUUAUAAACUUAGAAUACGUAUUUGGUUUCCAUAAAAAAAGCAUUAUUCUAAACUCUCAUAUAUUUUGUAUGAAUCUGAAUAAGCUAUAGUAGUACUGGACAUCGAUCUAACGAAUUAAUACAGUGAUUUUUUUUAAGUGGAUAACCAAGUCGUCAUUUGACAUUCGUCACAGCUUGUCCUAUUUUGGACUUCGUAUAUAAUCUCUUUAUCCUUUUGUUUAUUGGACCACAUAUGUUGGUAUUUUUUAUUAAUGUUUUCCACUCGUUAAUCUAUUUCUCACAUUAAAACGGAUCAAUACAAAUUUACAAUAAAAACGAAGACUCGAACAUAGUUCAAAUGUCAAUGUAGUGAUUGACGAACGUAGGUUCCCCUCCAUUUAAUUUCUAUCUAAAUCUAUUAUUAGCUCUGAGCAAUGAUUCAAUCCAUAGCGAAUUGAUCAUACUGAAUCAGAAUUUAUUAAAUCGAAUAUAAUUUGAUUUCAUUA